UAUCUAAUAGUUGCUAAAUGACAUUCAAAAGAUGGUGGUUAACAGAGUCAAACCUUAAAGGUCUGUAAAUGUUUAUUUUUACACUUGCCUUCAAUUGUAUCUAGUGUUGAUCAAGGUCUAAUAAACUAUGGGAAAUCCUCAUAGGACCUUCGCAUAGAUAAGAGCACAUUUUUUUCAGAAUGUUUAGCCCCUCCCCUGAGGCUGUUCCAUGCUCUAUAAAAGGUGAGCCUCCAUUGGCAGGCAGAUCAAUGAGCAGGAAGUAGUUACUAUUUUUAGAGCUGUUUGAAGAUGUCUAUUUUAGAAUGUCUUCUCCAGACAUCGAGCACAGUGACACUGCUGGGGGCUCUGCUGUUUCUGCUGGCCCUUUACCGCCUCUCCUCUGGUUCCAACUCUGAGGAACAGGGGAAGCAGCCUCCAGGACCCAGGCCUCUGCCCCUGCUUGGUAACAUGCUCCAGCUGGAUCUCAAGAGGCCCUACCGCAGCCUCUGUGAGCUGUCCAAGAAAUAUGGGUCUGUUUUCACGGUUCAUUUUGGACCCACAAAAGUGGUCAUCCUGGCAGGAUACAAGACGGUCAAGCAGGCGCUGGUCAACCAUGCAGAGGAGUUUGGGGACAGGGGCAUGCUUCCUGUGUUGUAUGAUUUCACCAAUGGACAUGGUAUUCUGUUUGGCAACGGAGACUCAUGGAAAGAGAUGAGGCACUUUGCCCUGACAAACCUUAGAGACUUUGGGAUGGGCAAGAAAGGGAGUGAGGAGAAAAUCUUAGAGGAAAUUCAUUACCUGAUUGAAGUGUUGGAUAAACAUGAGGGUAAAGCAUUUGACACAACCCAGCCAUUGAGUUAUGCUGUCGCCAACGUAAUCUCCAACAUUGUGUACGGCAGCAGGUUUGAAUACUCUGACUCCAAGUUCCGAGCCACAGUGGAUCGAGCCAAUGAGAACCUACGAAUUGCAGGCUCCGUUUCAGUUCAGUUGUACAACAUGUUCCCCUGGCUGGGCCCUUGGCUGAAAAGCAGGAAGCUUUUGUUGAAGAAUAUUGAGAAAAACAAGAAGGAGAUGGAGGAGCUGGUGAGGGGGCUGAAGGAGACUCUCAACCCUCAGAUGUGUAGAGGCUUUGUGGACUCGUUUCUCGUCCGAAAGCAGACCCUGGAGGAAUCUGGCAACAAGAACUCUCACUACCAUGACAACAACCUGAUAUCCUCUGUGAGAAACAUUUUUUCUAAUGGUACUAACACCACAGGGACAACGCUACGCUGGGCUUUGAUGCUAAUGGCUAAGUACCCUCUUAUACAGGACCGGGUCCUGGAGGAGAUCAGCAGCGUCAUAGGAAGUCGUCAGCCCUUAGCAGAGGACAGGAAGAACCUGCCCUACACUGAUGCAGUGAUCCAUGAGACCCAGAGACUGGCCAACAUUUUACCCAUUGCCAUCCCCCACACCACCAGCCGAGACAUCACCUUCCAGGGAUAUUUCAUCAAGAAGGGGACGCUUGUGUUUCCUCUACUGACGUCUGUCCUACAAGACGGAAGCGAAUGGGAGAGCCCACACACCUUUAACCCCGCCCACUUUCUGGAUGAGGAAGGUCGAUUCACCAAGAGGGAUGCCUUCAUGCCCUUCUCUGCAGGUCGUAGGGUGUGUCUGGGGGAGGGUCUGGCCAGGAUGGCACUCUUCCUCUUCUUCACCUCCCUCCUGCAGCGCUUUCAUUUCUCUCCUCCUCCUGGAGUAACAGAGGAUGAUCUGGACCUCACACCAUCCGUGGGGUUCACCCUCAACCCUUCACCUCACCAGCUCUGUGCUGUGAGCCGGGUCUGAGAUGAGUCUGGGCCUAAUGUAUAUUAUACAUGACUUAUUAUACAUGAACAAAUGCUCCACUUUAGACAAACAUGCUGAAAUGGGUUACCUCACCGGCUGUGCUGUGAACCAGGUCUGAGAUGAGUCUGGGCCUAAUGUAUAUUAUACAUGAACAAAUGCUCCACUUUAGACAAACAUGCUGAAAUGGGUUACCUCACCGGCUCUGUGCUGUGAACCAGGUCUGAGAUAAGACCAGUCCCUCAAUGGUUUUGGUUUAAUUUGAUUGCUCUACAAUCCAACAAUGUAAUUGAUUGAUACAAAGCACUGCUAUUAUGUAUGUACAGAAUGCAAUUGUUUUUGCUUGCUGUCCUGCCUUGUCUGGGACUGGACAGCUGUUGCUAAGUAAAGUCAAUCAUUUUUCUAGCUAAUGUUAUCAGUAGUUGAUAUCUAUAUCUAUACCUACCCUUGUGGGCAUGUUUUUAUGUGACUAGCAAACAUACUUAGCCAGAUCUGCUAGCUAGAACAAUGACUAACCAUAAGCUCCAGCAGGAGUGGAACUGCUUUCACUCCAUGAGCGGUUCUAGUUAUGGAAGGAGACUUGAAACAAAGAAAGACUGCAUUGACACAUGAAACCCAAUUUGGAUAUUUUUCCACUGUUUAGUCUUUUGACCAACCAUAUCAGCACUUUUGCCUACAAUUGGACAAAAGACCAGAAUUGGGCUGCCUGUGUAAAAGCAGCCAAAAGGUCUCACUUAAAGUGAAGUUGUUUACAAACUGUUCGCUAGCUGGUGGCUAGUUUAAGCUACUCCUUGUCCAUUGAUAUUAGCUAGUGGUAAGCUCUAGCCACAUUAGCUACUGUACUAAUGUGUAUGUAUGUAUGUAUGUAUGUAUGUAUGUUCCAUAUGUAUUGCUAAUCAAUAAUACAGUUGAGUGUGCUUGACAUCGGGACCAGUUUGUCAAAUUCUGGUCCAUUUAGUCAACUUGGGGUUCGGAAUAGAAUAUAAUUUGAAUUACUGUCUGUGCUCAGUGGGAACCAAUCACUGUGCAGCAAUGAAACAUUUUCAACUUGUAGAUUUCACCAAAACAUUUAAUAAAGUCUUAAAGUGGAACGGACAGUAUUUUAGCAACAUGAAAUGGUAUUAACAUCUGUUCAUAUACACCCCCAGGAAGAAUAUGACAUCUUUUCGUUUAUAUCUUCAGACAGGUGAGCACUUAGAUAUGGUCAUUUUCAUCAUAAAUUCAUAAAAUGUUUGGGAAUGACGUAUA